CAUGCAAAUAUAAAUCCCGCUUAGGCAUGGUAGAUGCUUGCAGAUGUCUCUUGGCUAGAAACUGGAUUGUAAAGUGACCAGGAAAGAUGUUAUCUUUAUGGCUUUAUGGUUUCUCACAUCCAUUUCCCAGGCCUGGUGUGAUUUGAAUGAUAAAAGCAAACUUCCCGGAUUUGUGUGCUUUGGGGAUUACGCAGCCUUUAGUUUGCUAGUGGCAUUUUAGGAGAUUCAGCACUCAUAGGGUGAUGGGUGCAAUGAAAAGAUACACUCACAAAGCACGUAACAAAUUGGGAAAGAAGUAGGACUGGAUAAUGUGUGGUCCCACUUUCCUACGUGAGAACGUAAACUGGGUACUGCCUAGGCUAAGCAGGAGCUAGCCUGAGACCAGCAUGUCAACUCCUGGUCCUUGACCCGAACCAGGGAAUGGCCAUGUAUGGUUCCCAGGUAACAAGCCUGCAUUUAAAUGUUUUCCCUGUGUUAGGAGACUUUUUCCAGAGUCAUACCAACUGCAAAACGAGUUGGAAGUUGUUUGUGUAUAUAUUGUUAAUAUACUUCCGCCUGGCACUUAUUCAGCUUCAUGUAUCUGCUGUUAAAUCAGAUAACAUUCAACGAGCCUGUGGACUGGUAAGAGAAGCAUCAGCUAAAGGAGCAAAAGUCGUGGCUCUACCUGAAUGUUUUAAUUCUCCAUACGGAACCCAAUACUUUAAAGAAUAUGCAGAGAAGAUUCCUGGAGAAUCGACACAAAAGCUCUCAGAAGUUGCCAAGGAGUGCAGCAUAUAUCUUGUUGGAGGAUCCAUUCCCGAAGAGGAUGGUGGAAAGCUGUAUAAUACAUGUACUGUCUUUGGACCUGAUGGUGCUAUGUUGGCAAAGCAUAGGAAGAUUCAUUUGUUUGACAUUGAUAUUCCUGGGAAGAUACAGUUCAAAGAGUCUGAAACACUGAGUCCAGGAAAUAGUUUCUCCAUGUUUGAUACCCCAUACUGUAAAGUGGGCCUGGGCAUCUGCUAUGACAUCAGGUUUGCUGAGCUGGCUCAAAUCUAUGGACAGAACGGUUGCCAGCUGCUGAUAUAUCCAGGGGCUUUUAAUCUGACAACAGGACCGGCUCACUGGGAAUUGCUACAAAGGGGACGAGCUGUCGAUAAUCAAGUCUACGUAGCUACUAUAUCUCCAGCUAGAGAUGAAAAAGCAUCCUAUGUUGCCUGGGGACACAGCACUGUAGUAAAUCCAUGGGGUGAAGUCAUAGCCAAAGCCGGGGCUGAGGAAACAGUUAUAUACACAGAUAUAGAUCUGAAGAAACUUGCAGAAAUCCGUCAACAAAUCCCUAUAUUAAGCCAGAAGCGCUGUGAUCUCUACGGCAUAGAGAUGAAAAAGUGACACCAGGUGAACGGGAAAAGUUCAAGUGGCACAAUGACUUGCUUUCAUCGUCAGGAUUCCCUUACUGGUUGCUUGACAGGCUACUGCUAAAUGUCAUAGUUAAUUAAAAGCAAAACAACUUGUUGGUAUAAUUCUAAAAUUGAUUCAGAUACAACUUCUGUAUCUCCUUAUACUUCAUUUUAUAGUAUUUAACAGCUAGGAUGAAGCUGGAGGUGAAAUCACCUCAACUCAGAAGCAGUUAACAAUAAUCUUUAUUCGUCAUAAUGUUUUAGUUACUUUUUUAUUUCACUUUUAAUUUUCUGGGGCUUAUAUAUAGGAUGUAGCGGUGGGAACCACGUUCCCUCUGAAAAUCAUCUCAAGUCAAUUUUAGUAUUAUGCACUUUUCACUGAUUACUAGAUAAUCUAGAAGUACGUGUAUGACUCCUCCACGUCUGUCUGUCUUAACUGUAUGUGCCUCAACAACUCAAGUUUCUUAGCUGUCCAACUUCAAACCAGGCAAGCUUAAAAUUUAACAUACUAAGUAAAAUAUGCCAAAUUCUGCUCUGUACUACUUAAGGACAAUGCAAGAAGCAGCCAAACAGAACUAGUACUGUACAAGGAACUGUAACGUUUUGGUGCAUGCAUCCUGUCUGGAAGAUAUAUAUUAAAUUCUUAUUACAAUUCCUGUUUAUUGCUGAAUUGAUGUGGAUUAAUGUUUUAUUAAAGCAUUUCACAUGUCACCACA